GAGUGUGCUGGGCACAGAUGCCCACUCCGUGUGCCUCUCCAUGUCGACUGAUGAAGGCAUGUCACAUGACACGUUUUGUGCUUUUAAGAGGCCAGCAAAGCCCUGGGGGGCGUCACAGAGGCUUUUUCCUCCUCUGGGGUCACAUCCAUGCCAAACCAGCGGGUCAGCUUUGUCCUCCACGCCGCUUCCUAUGCCUCUUAAGCCUCCAGCUGAACCCGACCCGGAACCAAAGAUGAACUGGGCAUCAUUUUAUGCCGUCAUCAGCGGUGUGAAUCGGCAUUCCACCGGCAUCGGCCGCAUCUGGCUCUCCGUCCUAUUCAUUUUCCGCAUCCUGGUCCUGGUGGUGGCGGCUGAGAGCGUGUGGGGGGACGAAAAGUCUGGCUUCACCUGCAACACCCAGCAGCCCGGCUGCAACAGCGUCUGCUACGACCACUUCUUUCCCAUCUCUCACAUCCGCCUCUGGGCGCUGCAGCUCAUCCUGGUCUCCACCCCAGCACUGCUGGUGGCCAUGCACGUGGCUCACCGCCGCCAUGUGGACAAGAGGAUCUACAAAUUGUCAGGACGGACCAACCCAAAAGACCUGGAACAGAUAAAGAGCCAGAAGAUGAAAAUCACAGGCGCUCUGUGGUGGACUUACGUCAUCAGCCUGUUAUUCCGUGUCAUCUUUGAGGUCACCUUCAUGUAUCUCUUCUACAUGAUUUACCCUGGUUAUAAGAUGAUCCGGCUAGUGAAGUGUGACUCCUACCCCUGCCCAAACACGGUGGACUGUUUUGUGUCGAGGCCCACAGAGAAGACUGUCUUCACAGUGUUCAUGCUGGCCGUGUCCGGGGUCUGCAUUUUGCUCAACAUCGCAGAAGUGGUCUUUUUGGUGGGAAAAGCCUGCAGUAAACACCUGCACGACGCUGGAGACUCCUCCAUGGGAGCCUGGAUCCAACAGAAGCUCCGAUCCCUCUAACAGAGGUCAAACUGCAAGAUUUUGGCAGAAAUAGAAAGUUAAGACUACAGUUUGGCACCAGCAGCUCACAAUUCUUCUGAUUCCAUGGUAACUGAGCUACAAAGAAUCAAAACACUGGACACACAUAACUCAUCAAAGCUGUAACUUCAUCCAUCUAAAGCUUAUUUAUUUAAUAUUUGAUGUUAAACUGCAUUUUGUGCUUUAUUUUGAUCUUGGAGUGAUAAUGCUCUGACAUGCAUUGGAUUUGGUCUCGAACAUAUUUUAACUAUGUACUAUGUUCCAAAUGUUGUGAAACAGCAUGUGUAUUAUGAUGGUAUAGAUGCUUUUAGUUUUAUUUCAACAUAACUUUAUGCCAACAGACUGUGCAGCAAAUUUAAUGCGUGACCAGAUGCCAGCGACGCUGAGACAGGUUCAUUGUUUGUAACGCGCUAAAGUAAACAAACUACUCCUUAUCCAACAAGUUCUUGAAUUAAUUCUUGAGUUUGAAACGUACAUACUGUAACAAAAAGGGGCUCAUUUACAAGAUUUUUAAAAUAAUUCAUAUUUUCUAAAAUAUGUGAAGUCAAAUUCAAACUUUAUUUAUGAAGCACUUAUUAUACAGCAGCAACACAUUGUGCUUACAAUUAAGUGUUGUAAGAAUAAAAAAUGGUAUAUUAA